UCGCAUCGCCUCGCCGCGCCGCGCCGCGCCGACUUUGCCAUGGGCCCCACCGCGGUCGCCGACGCCGGCGUGGCGCCUCCGUCGCCGGCGACGAGGAAGGCCGCGAAGACCGUGGCGUCGGCCGUGCACCGGGUCCAGAUGGCGCUCUACGACGGCGCCGCGGCGUCCAGGGAGCCGCUCCUCCGCGCGGCGGCCGGGCUCCUCUCCGGCCCGGACUACGCCGACGUCGUCACCGAGCGCUCCAUCGCCGAGGAGUGCGGGUACCCGGCCUGCCCCAACCCGCUCCCGCCCGCCGCCGCGGCGGGCGGGGCGCCGCGGUACCACAUCUCGCUCCGGGAGCACCGGGUCUACGACCUCGAGGAGGCGCGCAAGUUCUGCUCCGAGCCGUGCCUCGUCGCGUCCGCCGCCUUCGGGGCCGCGCUCCCGCCCGAACGUCCCUACGGCGUCCCGCCUGACCGGCUCGAUGCCCUCGUCGCGCUCUUCGAGGGUGGCGGUGGGUCGGCGCUAGGGUUUGGGGCGAGCGGCCAUGGGGAGGAGGUGGACGAGGGGAGGAAGGUGGAGAUCAGGGAGAACGAGGCGCCGGGGCCGGGGGAGGUGACGCUGCACGAGUGGAUUGGGCCAUCGGACGCCAUCGAGGGCUAUGUGCCUCGCCAUGACCGCAUCAUUGGAGGGCCAAACAAAGAGGCUAAACAGAACAGUGCUUGUAGCGCUGAGCAGUUCAGACAUUUUAAUGUGGACUCUAGGAAUGCUUCUUCAGGUGAAUAUGACACGGUGAUCCCAUCUUCUUCAGUUGACACACCAGUGAGGUCAGAAGUAUUAGCUGAUAAGAUGGAUGACAUGGUUCUUACUGAGAAUACAAAAGCAAAGAAAAAGGAAGUAACCAAAACCCCAUUGAAGAUGUUCAAGCAGGAUGAAGAUAAUGAUAUGCUGUCGUCUUGCAUAUCAGAUUCCAUUGCGAAGCAGCUGGAGGAUGUAGUUCUGGGAGAGAAAAAGGAUAAGAGGACAAAGAAAGCAACUAAAGGAACAUCAAAGACAGGCAAGAGUAAGUCUGCAAAAAGACCUGUUGGAAGUGAUGGACAUGAAGUGGACUUUACAAGUACAAUUAUUAUGGGUGAUCAUGAUUCAGGAAAGAUGGAUCAUGGUUCUGUGGGUCAAUAUAAUUUCUCAAGUUCUAUACUAACAAAUGAGCAGCCCUCAUCAUCCCAAUAUUCAGCGAUAGAUUUAGUGCAAGCUUACACUGAAGAACUACAUGAAGUAUUCAGUAAUGCAGUUAACAUUGCAAAAGAUGAGACAGGUGAUGAUAGUGGUAGACUUGCAAUAAAAUCUUCAUUGAAGACUGUUGGAUCCAAGAAUGCAAGGCAUUCUGUGACAUGGGCAGAUGAGAAAGGAAGUGUGUUAGAGGCAAGCAGAGUUUUUGACAGCCAUUCCAGUGAUGAUAAACAAUCUCAAGAAGGCAUGGACAGUUCAAUAAGGCGUGCAUCUGCAGAAGCGUGUGCAGCUGCACUUAUCGAAGCGGCAGAAGCUAUAUCAUCAGGCACAUCGGAAGUAGACGAUGCAGUUUCUAAAGCAGGAAUCAUCAUAGUACCUGACAUGGUUAACCAGAAACAGUACAAUAAUGAUUAUGACAAUGACAAAGAUGCCGGGGAAAAUGAAAUAUUUGAAAUAGAUAGGGGUGUUGUGAAGUGGCCAAAGAAGACUGUGCUUCUAGACACAGACAUGUUUGAUGUUGAUGAUUCUUGGCAUGAUACACCACCGGAAGGCUUUAGUCUAACUCUGUCCACCUUUGCAACAAUGUGGGCUGCAUUAUUUGGAUGGAUAUCCCGGUCAUCUUUGGCCUAUGUGUAUGGGCUUGAUGAAAGUUCUAUGGAAGAUUUGUUGGUUGCAAGUGGAAGAGAAUGUCCUCGGAAAAUGGUUUUAAAUGAUGGCCAUUCAUCUGAAAUUAGAAGAGCUUUGGAUACUUGUGUAUGUAAUGCCCUGCCAGUACUUGUAUCAAACUGGAGGAUGCAAAUUCCAGUCUCGAAGUUGGAGAUUACUCUGGGAUACUUGAUCGACACAAUGUCAUUUGUUGAUGCACUACCUUCGCUGAGAUCAAGGCAGUGGCAAGUGAUGGUUCUUGUGUUGCUUGAUGCACUCUCAAUCCAUCAGCUUCCUGGUCUUGCUCAGACAAUGUCAGAUUCGAGGCUUCUGCAUAAGCUUUUAAACUCAGCUCAGGUUAGCAGAGAGGAGUAUGACUCCAUGAUUGACCUCAUCCUCCCUUUUGGAAGAUCCACGCAGAGGCAGGCAUCCCUGCCAAGUUAACCUCGAGCAAUAAGUAUUGCGAUUUGGUUGGUCUUGAGGCCUUGAGGUCUGGUUCUGCCCAGUGCUCGACUUAGGAUCCGAAUACAUAUUUACACAACCAAGUAAAAUAGAGGCUCUACAUAUCAGCAUCAGCGUGACAGUUGAUUCAGAUAUACCGUCAGAGCGAUGCCUCUUGUGUCUGGUUCUCUGGGUUUUGGUUCGGAACACGUGUUUGCAAAAUAUCGGGUUGCUACCAGUUGCUUGCAUUAUUCCUUUUGCAUUGGCUUCAGCCAUACAAACGGGCACUGAUUCCUGUCAUUCUCAGGGAACUGUUAGCUUUAGUAAGGAGAGCAAAAGAUAACUGCCUCCAGAACAAUGUUUCAUCAAGCCCACUAUGGACUUUUAUCUCUGAUCGCUAGCGCAGUUCAGAAUUAGUGCGUAGUACGUGGGGAGUUUACCUCUUUUUCUACUGUUCGUGUGUUUGUGCAGUUUUGUCAGGUUAGCCCAGCUGAUUUUGACCAGCUAACAACCCACUGAUGAGUCGUAAUUGAUCAGUGCUAGAUAUCAAGUGUUAUAUACAGUAGUAAAAAACCAUCUGCUCAGCUCAAGACUGUCCCUGCGUUUACAUCUAUAAUUCUGAAUUAUCUGUGUCAAUCUAACAUCCAUGGUCAAUUGCAGUCAGUGGCUGUUCCUUUCUACUACUACAAGACUACAAGUUGGCAGCUCAUUUGAGAGAAGAAAUACAGAAAAAGGUUGGCAUCUCAAGUGCAAAAACAUUGAAACCAAGAUGGUGCCACUGCCGCUGAUUUUUAUGCCUGUGAUGCUGCCUUAUCGCGAAAAAAAACUAAAGGGGGUUGGAUCAUAACUAGCUGGUGUGAAGUGUGAACUGAGCAGCCUGAGAUUGAGGAUUAGUAGCGUACUGGCUUGCCCCUUAUUUCCAUGUCACAAAGUCGCUGAUUUUGUUGGAUUCAUGUCCUGAUUGGCUGCUUGUCUCGAUCGGAAUGGACAGCAGCCUCUGGGUCUCUCUUCUGACCGGUCGACUAGAUUAUCCACACUUUAAAUGAUACUAUCGGCUACAACGCUCAACUACAAGUAUCAAACUACUAGCAUAAAUGCCUUAUCCCUCCCAUCUCCAAAAAAGUUUUAAUUUAUAG